AUGUUCUGCCGCAAGCUACGAAAGCUGUUGCCCUUGGCUGCUGGCUGCUUCUGGGCCGGGGCCGCCCCAUUUUCCUUCCUCAGCUCCCAGGCCGCACGCUCCCGGCAGUGCAGGAUCGCUUGCCAUGCCAGCGACGGAGAUGACAGCAAGCUCAGUCCCGAUGUGCCGUGGUGGCAGCUGGAGGACGAGGCAGAGCGUCUCAUGGCUCCCCGGAUGCCAUUCCGGGUGGAGCAAGUCUCCCCUCCGCCGGUGAAGAAGCUGGGCUAUGCCUUGUUGGAUGCCAGGACUGGGAGAGGCGAUGUCAUCAACAUGAAGGGCGCGGAGAAGGAUGACUACGUCGUGAGCAAGGCGCUGCUGUUUUUAUCCAUAGGUGGGACGGCCGCGGCCACGUGA